UUGUGUGGGCUGGGGUUGGCAACACUGGCGGGCCAGGGAAGCUUGGGGUAGAAAAUGGCCGAACUGCUGGUGUGAUGCAGCCUAGCGUCUAGUCCUAGAAGGUUAACAUGGAGGAGCUACUCUCUCUAAAGUGGAACAAUCACCGUUCCACGUUUCUUCACAUACUGGGUGUGCUCAGGGAUAAGCAAGCGUAUACGGAUGUCACGCUGGCAUGCGAUGGCAAGUUCUACAGUGUGCACAAGUUGGUGCUUUCAACGUGUAGUGAUUAUUUCUGUGCCAUGUUUGACAAGACAGCUUGUAAGAGCCCAGUUAUAGUGCUAAAAGACAUUAAAAGUGAGGAUCUAGAAGCCUUGCUUGACUAUAUGUACCUUGGUGAAGUGAAUGUGCGACAAUGUGACUUAGCCUCUUUAAUAAAGGCGGCGGAAAACUUGAGAAUUAAGGGCCUUGCUGUACCUGACGAUGAACCUCUUAAGAAGGGUGCCGUAACUACACCAUCUCGGGCCGAACCGACCAGGAGAGAUGGCGGGAGUGGAAGUCCCCCUUCUAAAAGAAAACGGAGGGAUGAAGGCGAAGACGGUCGGGAAGACGUCAGACCGCCUCCCCCUCUACAGAGUGGCUUACACACCCCUCCACCACCACCAAGACCAAAGAGCCCUGUUAGUCAGCGGCUGAGCCCCUCCCCUCUCAGAACAUCUCAGGAGUCUCUCGUAACAGAAGAUCGUGAUAGCCGUCCCCUCUCUUCGCCUGCGGAGUCUCCCGUCACCUCUCAUGUACCAUCUCAUCAAUCUUCACAACAGUUGACACAUCAGCCAUCACAACCACCCCUUCAGUCAUCACAACCUCUACCUGAACAACAACAGACCAGUAACCAGUAUAGAGGGGAGGACACACCAACCUUUGUCAAGGUGGAGAUGGAGGAGGAAGACACGGGCGACAUCCACCAGGACUCCUACAAUUUGAGUGGAGAUGGGUACAAGGAGGAGGAGGGUGGAGACUUAGGGGGGGAUCUAAGUAAUGAUCUUCCCGAGUUCUUACAACAAGCUGCCUCUGGUGCCCUGGCUGGUACUUCUGCUUCCUACCAUCACGCCUUUGCUGGACCCUCUGGUUUUCAACCGGAGGUGUCUGGUUGGCAAGGGGACAGUCAGUCCCUGCCAGGAAGUUUUGCGGGGCUAGGCUUUCAGCCCUCCACACAGGACAAUCCACCAGGGGCGGCCGCGAUGAUGGAGGAAGUUGCAGGCAGUAUGUCUUACCAGUGUCCAGCGUGUGGCCGCUGCUUCGCCCGCCAGUGGCACCUGAAGCGACACUUGGCAACUCAUCUAGCCGUCAAGCCAUUCCGCUGCCCUUAUUGCCCUCACGCUGCCAGUAUCAAGGACAAGCUCAAACAACAUAUUCGUAAGAUUCAUUCCGGAGAAGAGGUCCCAGCAGACUUUGAAGCCAUCCCUUGUAAGGAGAAUGUGUCAGAUGCCCAGCAAUAGUACAGUACAGUACCAGUGUACUGUAUAGUACUUUAUACCACAAACUGGGCAGUGUAAUCCAUAAGAUUCAAGUUGUCUUCUACUUAAAUGUUCUUGGGCCUUGUUCACUUCCCAGCAUUUUAUAUUAGCAUGUUUGCAGUUUUGACACAAAGAAUAGCAGUGUGUGAGAUAAGUAUUUCUUACAUGUGAAACCAAAUGAAAGACAGUGGGAUAGAGAACUCCUGUUUAAAUAUUUUGCUAUUAUUUGUGAUAAUAUUUGGAACAAGUUAUCAUUGCCUAAUGUACUGAAGUUUGUUUCACCGCUUGCUGCCUUCCUCACAUUUACAACUCAUUCCGAAGAUUUAGAUAACUGACUCUGUAAUACAGCAUUUUGCAAGCUUAUAGCCAGUUUCUUGUGUGUUGUCUUUCUCUGAGCUGGGUGACGGUUAUCUCUAUGAGGUGUUGUCAUCUGGCAGUGAUCAGCCUUUAGCAGAUGGUGGCAGUAAGUAUGGUAGCCCUUUUGACAAGAUACCUGUGGGACUCCAGCUGCUGCAUUACUUGAGUUGUGAAAAAGUGAGAAAUUAAAGCACCAUCUCUCCUCCAUAUUGUCUUAAGUACAGUACUUACCCCCAUGUGGAACUGUAUGAUCAAGAUAUGUCUGUCCUUCUUAUUAACAUUACUUGAUUCAUCAUUAAUGGCAUCAUAGAGGUUCACCACAAUCACACGAAACUAUAAAUAAAUCCCAUUUCUAUAAUUUGUAUUAAGCUUAAAAGAAAAGAAUAAAGACAUUAAUCCCUUAUCCAGGACUCUUGUUGGAUAUGAUGGAAUAAUUCAGGACUUCCACAUUUUGGUACUGUACUUGGGAUGCCUCAUAAGUUUUCUUCACCUCGCCAAAGAGAUCUCGGUCACUCUCCUCCCCCUGCCACCAAUUGUUAUAUCAGGUUGAUCUUUGUAUUUUUCAUCCCUUGUGACAUUAGACUCACAAAUUUAAAAAAAAAUAUAUAUUUUAUUUUCAAUGUAUUUAUUUGUUUACUUGUUUAGAACAUACAAGGAAUCAGGUUAAUAUUGAUUUACAGUCUCAUCCAUUUUGAUUUACUGUACAUGGUAAGGAUUUUACAUUCACAGACAGAAAAGAUUAAAUGUUAUUUGUUAUUUAUGGAUUAGAACAAAAGAUGGACGUAUAAAUUUAUUACAAUCUUACUAACACACACACACACGCACACACACACACACACACACACACACACACACACACACACACACACACACACACACACACACACACACACACACACAAUGAACGUGAAAUUUCCAUCGGUCGUGUUUGUAUCCAGCCGUCACUCAAACUGCUAAAGUGGGUCUCUUGAAACUUUCCUGUUCUCAAAAUAAAUAUCAAAUUAAUAGAGUUAGAGAACCACAUGUACCACGGUCAAUAGUUGUGGGUGUAAUGGUCAGACUUUCUUUACCGAUGCUGUGUGCAUGAGAGAGACGUAAGGGUUACUUUACUUUGACUAGAGCGGAUCAUCAAUUCAAGUCAUCAAGUCCGGGGAUUCUGGGUGUUAUUGACGGUACUGAUUUAUUUGUUUGAUUAACCCGUCCCCAUGCAGUUCAGUUCAUUUCACCCCACCUCACCCCACCCCACAGAACACACCCAAUUUAAUCCAACCUUACUCAAGAUAAUUCAACCAAGCCUAACUUAAGUCAAUCAAAUUCAAAUUAACCUUAAAUAAUCCAGUCCAAGCCAACCCAGUCUAACCCAACUGUAUAUAAUUCAAGCCAGUGUAACUUAACUCAAAGAGGUGAGUGUUAUCCAAGAAAGACAACACCUCAAGUGUGGGAAACAGAAUGAACUGGAUGUGUGUGGUGGCUUCCGAGGGGCUUGGACAACCUCGUGGGGCAGCUUGCCAGUGAUUCACACCUCACUUUGAUUGUUAGUGUGUACGAGUGAGUGAGUGAGCACCAGGUCCCUUACAGUGGACUUAUUUGAUGCAGGACCUGUCUGAUGCUGUGUCUACCUGAGAAAGAUACUAAAGGUGAUACUUUAUUACUUUAUCACUGUUAAGUAAAUUGAUGAUUGAGUACUUUACUUUAUCAUUGUGAAAUAAAUUGGUAGUACUGUAUACUUUUUUAACUUGAAAGACAAAUGCAUAAAGAGUUUCAGUGAAAGAAAUAUUUGGCACUGCAGUGUAUCGGUGUAAAAGAAAAUGUUUUAUACUGUAUCUGCACGAAGAGAAAUGUUUAGCACUGUUUCUGUGUGAAGAACAUUUGAUACUAAAUCAGUUUGGACUCGGCUGUUGAUACGUGUUCUAUAUACCUGUGUAACAGAACCAUUAAUACCGUAUGACUCUGAGAGAGAUUGUGGAUAUUUCUUACCUAUAUUUGUAAAUAUACUGUAUUUAUGUGAAAGAAAUUAAUGAUAUCUAUGUGAAUGAACUGUUUGAUACUGUCACUGUACAAGAGGAAUGAAUAAAAUUAUUAAAGUUUGUGUACACUGUAUACAGUAUGUACUAUAACUUGUAAGCUGUAACCAAAAUAAAUGAUGGAUGUGUAAUGCAAUCUUUCACCAUCACUUUUCAUUUGCAUUAUAUAAAAUUAUUAUUAUUAUUAUUAUUUUAUCUUACUUUUAUUCUGCCGUAGCACUGUAUUGAUAUAGCCCCCUGAGGUCUGUUACUGUGGAUGUAGUAUUAUUGUUAUUUUUUUUUCUCAUGACCUCAAGCUCCUGUGAAAGCCAGAGAUAUUAAAUAAAAGAUGAUAAAUCUUGA